GUCACGAGAAGACCAUGUGAUACGCUGGAGGAAGUAGAAUGAACCAGAAAUAAACCAUCAACAACAACAGCAGCACCAGGCUAACGGUUGCUAACAUUUUAAAUACAAAUAUCUGUACCCGCGAGACACGGCGCUUCUUUCCGGUCUCGCGCUGCCAGCCGCUGAUUUCCCCCCUUCCCGAACGAAGAGACCAAAAUGACGGCGGCGGUGUUUUUCGGCUGCACCUUCAUCGCCUUCGGGCCGGCCAUCGCUUUGUUCUGGUUUACCAUCGCACGGGAGCCGCUGAGAGUAAUUUUCCUCAUAGCCGGAGCGUUCUUCUGGCUCGUGUCUCUGCUGCUGGCCUCUCUGGUUUGGUUCAUCUCCGUUCAGAUCAGCAACAAGGACAGCGCCGCUCAGCAGAAAGGCCUCCUCAUCUUCGGCGUGGUUCUGUCCGUCCUGCUGCAGGAAACUUUCCGCUUCGCUUACUACAAGCUGCUCAAGAAAGCCAAUGAAGGCCUCCUCACCCUCAGUCAGGAGGAAACCAUGCCGAUCUCCAUACGGCAGCUGGCCUACGUGUCGGGCCUUGGCUUCGGCUUCAUGAGCGGAGCGUUCUCGGUGGUCAACAUCCUGGCGGACUCUGCCGGUCCGGGGACCAUCGGGAUCCACGGAGACUCUCAGCACUACUUCCUCUCCUCAGCCUUCAUGACGAUGGCCAUCAUCCUGCUCCACAUGUUCUGGGGCAUCGUCUUCUUUGACGGCUGUGAGAAUCGGCGCUGGUGGGCGGUGGCUACUGUCGUCCUCAGCCACCUCCUCGUCUCCUGUCUGGUGAGUGUUGCAGGUCAAGUGACGAGGUUGCUGGUUGCUGGCAGACGGCAACCACCGGUUCUGCAGAGUGAAGCCAAAGCUUCAUGUGUUAAAGCUGCAUUCUCU